CACAAGUACUCCUUCCAAGUCCUAUAUAUACACGCACCCGCCAAAAAAAGAACCCAUCAUCAAUUCAGCAGGCCACAAGCAAGCUCGACAACAAAGAGUGCCAACAGAAACCACAACAAUCCCACAGAAGGUGGCGAUGUCCGUGAGCAAGCAAUGGACGCGGGUGCGCACGCUCGGCCGCGGCGCCUCGGGGGCCGAGGUGUUCCUGGCGGCGGACGACGCCUCGGGGGAGCUCUUCGCGGUCAAGUCGGCUAGCGCGGCUUGUGCGGCGGCGCUGAGGAGGGAGCAGCGGGUGAUGGCCGGCCUGAGCUCCCCGCGCGUUGUCUCCUGCAUCGGCGGCCGCGGCGCCCCCGACGGCUCCUACCAGCUCUUCCUCGAGUUCGCCCCCGGCGGCUCGCUGGCCGACCAGAUGGCGACAGGCCUCGACGAGCUCGCCGUCCGCGGCUACGCGGCCGACGUGGCGGCCGGGCUCGCGUACCUUCACAGCGCCGGCAUGGUGCACGGGGACGUCAAGGCGCGCAACGUCGUGAUCGGCGCCGACGGCCGCGCCAAGCUCGCCGAUUUCGGCUGUUCGAGGAAGGCUGGCGCUGACGUGCCGAUCAUCGGUGGCACGCCGGCGUUCAUGGCGCCGGAGGUGGCGCGCGGCGAGGAGCAGAGCCCAGCGGCCGACGUCUGGGCGCUCGGCUGCAUGGUUGUCGAGAUGGCCACUGGACGCACGCCGUGGAGCGGCAUGGACGGCGACGCGCUGGCCGCGCUGCACCGGAUCGGCUACACGGAGGCCAUGCCCGAGGUUCCCGAAUGGUUGUCUGCCGACGCGAAGGACUUCUUGGCCAGGUGCCUUGUCAGGCAGGCCAGCGAUCGGUGCACGGCGGCGCAGCUGCUGGAGCACCCGUUCUUGGCCUCCGCCGUCGUCGAGGCGAAGGCGCAAGCCGUGGAGAGCAAAUGGGUGUCCCCCAAGAGCACGCUGGACGCCGCAUUCUGGGAGUCGGAUUCAGACACCGAGGAGGCGGAGCACGACAGCUCGGCCGAGACGAGGAUCAGGGCACUGGCCUGCCCCGCCUCGGAGCUCCCGGACUGGGACUCGGACGAGGGAUGGAUCGACGUGCUCUCCUCGCCAACCGGAGCAACCGGCGCAGUGCCCGUGGUGGUCGAGGAGAUGACCGACCUGGACGAAGACGCGACCACAGACGAAGAACCAAGCGGCGCAGAGUCCCGCGUUCUCGCCAUUACCUUAGACGUGGAGUACAACAGCGUCCUUAAUGCGGUAGAAGCCUGUGACGAUUCAUUUAGGCGUCACCAGUCGCUCGAGUGUUUAGCUUCCCACGAAUUAUCAUGUACUGAAUUGUUGCUUUGCAACAGAAAGACUAAUGCAAUUGAUCUCGUUGUUGCACAAGCACUCUGUUUUCGUACUGCUGCUCUCUGUUUCACAGCUCCCCAUUGCGACACGUUCGAGUAG